CUUGACGUUGACUGUCCGACGGUCGAGUUAAUAUGGACUCGAGCUAAUUUUCCUGAAAGAGGCGACUGUGCUCCUAAAGUUCCGACGCGCCAGACGUGUAGGCUAAGACUUUCAGUCGUGUGGUUGUCGGGUUUUACUAGCGAUCGUAUGCGUUUUCGAGCUCUGGUUCAUGAAAAAGUCGGCUGUAUUAAGCCUUGGAGUUCCGACACACCGAGUCCUUUCUUUGCUUCGUUGCUUCGACGCCUCCAAUCCGUUCUAAAAAUACGCCGCGCUAGAUCAGUUGACUCCCUUGGUUGUUGCGCAGUUCCUGUGGUUCGUGUGUUGGAGUUUGGAAUGGUGGAAAGAAUUAUUGUUGACUCGGAUUUUCGGUAAUUAUUUCGGAGCUGCGCUGUUUCGCUUUCGACGACAUUUUUUUCAACGAAGCCGUUGUUUGUAGGCCCGAGCCUACCACGCAGAGGAAUAGGCGGCCGUCGUAGUAAAGGAUGAGAGGUUUGCUGUUAGCGUCGGCGUUGGCCGGUCAGGCCAGCGCCGAACGCAGUUUGCUGGCGCAGAAAGAACGACCAGUAGCGAAGAUUCUGAAGUUAUUGCGCGACAUGGCGAAACAGAUGGAAGCAGAGAAGGUGGACGACGAUGCCGUCCACGAGCACUACCAGUGUUGGUGCAAGCAGCAAAAAACAGUUACGGAGAGAAGAAAUGGGGGGAAAAGCUAACUAUUUUGGCCCUAUGUAGUAAACCGAAUGGGUACAACAACUGGGAGCUGUUCGCGAGAGGCAAGACGACUCCUUCUAGUUUGUCAUGAUGUUUUUGGAGGAUUUGUGUGCAGCAAAGAGGCAGAAAGCUAAUCUGUUAGUCGCACGCCAAAGCGAACUGCCUCUCGACUUGCGCCUUCGGUACAGGUUUCGACUCAUGCUCUGAACAAACUAAGCAGACGUCGCCGGUUUUGCUCGAAAAGCAGCGUGAUCGCUUUUCCCCUGCAUUUACCCAUCUUCAUAGCCCAGAAAGAAAACGUUGUAAAAACCGAGACAUCGAACAUGGAAGCAGCUAAGGCAACGGCGGAAGCGUCGUUUCAAGAGGAGAAGGAGAAGCGGGCGGUUAGAAAUAAAGCGUAUGAUGACAUGAAUUCGAAAAAGAAGUCGCUGCAGGAGGUAAAUACUACUUACUAGGCGUUCUCCUGUGUCUUCAACUAGCGACGCAAACCAAGGCUCGAUCGUUUUGUCGGUCGCAGUUGGAUUUUGUUGCCCCGCAACGCAAGUGCGGCCAACUUUUUCGUUCUUCCUGAAUUUGUUCAUCAUGUAUUUCUAAAUUGUGAAUCGCUUUUCGAUAGUUCUAAAUUCUGAUUCGAGCUUCACAAAAUUCACCCAGACACGGGAGCGCUGCAUGAAGGAGGCGAAAGAGGCCUCAAAAGAAGCCCAGGAGUACGUCAAAACGAUCACUGCGCUGAAGUCCGCCCUCACCAUUCUCGGCGGCCACAACAAGGACCUGAUGCAGCUCUCCGGGGCUCAGGCGUCGCAGGUUAAGAAGGUCGUGAGUGAUUUGCUGGACGGAUCCGACAUGAUUGACCGUUUGACCAGCACCAAGCCAGAAGACCUCAUGGCGCUGCAGAACUUGCUUUCUGCAGAGCGAUCGCCGAGCUCCUUCUUGCAGCAGCCGAUGUACUCAAGUUACUCUGUAUGCCGAGGAAUUUGUUUGCCCUAAGAGCUUUUCGGCAAGCGGAGAAUUGCUUGUUUUCCACAUGCAUGUGAGAGUGUAUAAUCUUCGCUGAAAAAUUACAAAACAAAAGCAUUUUCUGUAAAAAUAAUUCCUGCCCCCGGCCGCUCACCGUGAAACGGGAUCGGGUUUCUUUAGGUCCCAACAUUACUUAGAGCUCCUUCGUAUUGAGAAAUACACGAAUUCUCCGAUUGCGUUUGCGAAGACGUUGCUUGUGGCAAAUUUAGAUUCCAUAAAAUAGCCAAAGCGGUCGCAUUUUCGGCAUUUUGUCGCAGAUGCUGGAUGAGUUUGAGCGGGACUCCUCGGCAGCCGCAAAGGCGGAAGAGGAGCGACAGGCCACCUGCGCCACCGUGAUCAAGUCCACCCAAAAAGAGAUCAGCGCCCUGCAGACCACGGUGACCGACUUGGACGCCCGCCUGAGCGAGCUGGAGCAAACCAAUGCGGAUGCCAAGGCCGACUAUGCCGCCGCCGAGGAAAAGGUGGACGACGCGAAGGAGUUUUUGGACAAGCUUGCCGCGCAGUGCAGCCAAAACGAGUCCGACUACCAGUCGCGCACCAAGAGUCGCGGUGAGGAGCUGGUGGCCAUCGACGAGACGAUCAAAAUCCUGGACAGCGACGAGGCUUUUGAGGCUUUCGGGAAGAGCCUGAGCUUCUUGCAGGUCAAGAAGGAUGUGUCUUCCGACCAGGAAAUGAAGGACGCCGCGGUCUUUGCCCUGCGACCCUUUGCGCAGCGGUCUCCGGACGCGUUUUUGAUUCAAACCAUGAUCAAGGCAGCGGACAAGGGCUCCAUGGGCAAGGUCAUCGAAGCAAUCAAGAAGCUCAUCACGAAGAUAAAGGCGGAACUGAAAGAAGAAGUGGCUUUUCGGGAUUCGUGUGUUUCCGACCUCGACGACAUUGACGCAGACAUGCGGGUACUGAGUUCUUAAGAUAUUACGACUUUCACCUUUCGUCCCUUUGUGUGCAACACUUCUUUCCGAAAAAGAGCGAAGCAGAAUUUUUUUCAUCUACACGUUCUUUGCGCGAGAAUGGUGCGUACUACCCGUGAUAUUUAUGAGAUUGGGCUGACGAUCUAAAAAUCGCACGUGAAUCUGAGGUAAAGACCGCGUCGCGACAGAAGAAGGAAACUGAAGCCGGUGAGCUGGAGCAGAGCAUCGAGGCUUUGACCGCGGCCCUCGAGGCGUUGGCGGCUUCCACGGCAGAGAUGCAGAAGGACCUGCAGGAUGCGGGUAAGCAGCGGGAGGAGGAAAACAAGGCGUUUGUCCAGGAAAAAAGCGAACACGACGCGACGCAGGCGAUUUUGAUGAAGGCCAUCAAGCGGAUGCACCAGGUGUACGGAACCACGCAAACGUACGAACAGGAGGCCCUGGUGAAGGAAGAACUGGUGCAGCAACCCGGCGCCGACACCGUGCAGUUCUCUGCGACUGCGGACACCCCAGGCUCCGCCCCGGUCGCCUUCGCGAAAGGAGGCAAGACCGAGCAGAACGCGGGCGGAAACAAGGUAAAUAAGUAGUAGACACUGAGAUGAAAUAAAGCGGGGAGUGCUGGUUCAAUAUUUUAGAGGAAUGUCCGAAAUAGAACAGGAGUAGAGACAUAUCGCGCAGAAACAAACUAACGCGUAGAGUCGCCCGCAUUCAAGUCGUUUUAGAUGGUCAUGCGAAAGUCUACAUCAAAGCCAUUGAUGAGACGAGCUUCUAAGUAAUUCCAAUCUGUGAGUUUUUUAAUACGACAGGUCAUCACCAUGUUGGAGGAUGUGAUGAAAGAUUCGGAAAAGGAUGAGGCUGCAGCGGAACAUAUCCUGAGUAAAAACGUACCCACACCAGAGUUGUAAUGCAAAUCUGCAUGCUGAAAAUGUUUCUCAUGCGGAGCUCCAUGAGAAGCAUUUUCUAGUCGUGUUUUGCAAUUUGUCAUGCUCCAAUCAGCGUGGUAUGCUAGAUCUGUGAUGCUGCUGAGCUAGCUCAAACAGCACUACACUACGAAUCCAAAUUUGUCAUGCAAAACAGCCAAAACUUGUGGAUUUGUCUAGCCGAUUCCCCAUCUUGACUCUGGUGUGGGUACGUUUUUACUCAGGAUAGAACAGGAGGAGGCAGACUCGCAGUCCGCGUACGACGACUUUGUGCGAAAGACGACGAUAUCAAAUGUAAAAAUGUCUGGGUCUGGAAAAAAAGCACGUUUGUCAUGCUUGUCUGGCAUGACUUUUAAAUCUGUCAUGCACGUUACCCAAGAGCUCCGUUUUUCUGUGAUGCAGGAGCGCAGUUUGUCAUGCAGAAUAGGCAAGACCUAGGAGCUCAGAAACUUGUCAUGCUGAGCCAGCAUUUGUAGCCUCAUCAUGAGACGCCGCCCAGCAUCACAAGUUUCCAGACCCAGACACUUUUACAAUCCAUAGACGAACAUGCUAAAGACGAACGAAAAGCAAACCGCACAGAAGACCGAGCGGAAGGCGGGGGAAGAAGUUGCGCUGCAGGACACCACCGCCGCCAUUAAGUCCCUCGGCCAGGCCAUGUUCGACCUGACAGAGGAAAACAAAGAUGUCCACGCCAAGUGUGACUUCGUGCUGCAAAACUUCACGAAACGGCAAGCAUCUAUGACUUCGGAAAUCGAAGCCGCGCAGACCGCCAUCCAGUACCUCCAGGGGAUGGCGUAAAUACGGGUAGGACUACGCAGAGAAUAGAGUUUUGCACGCUUUUUUGGAUAUUUAGAUUCUCCGCAGUAUUUUGCGAAAGGCGAGAGCGUCAUGUUUCGGUGAAUGCACUCAUUUUAGCGCGCUGUCUUUUUUAUCAUUUUAGCGCAUUAUUUUGCACGCUCGCAUUCCCAUACGUAGCGUUUUUUGUUUCUAUGAAUAGGCUUUUGUUUCUCAUUUUUAAUUUUUCUUUAGGCAACGGUUUUAGGCAACUUUUUUAUAGGCAUAUAGGCAAAUAGAUUGGAGUGAAUUUCUUUAGGCAACGAAGUUUCGAACACGAAAGUGUGGGGGUGCGAGUGUUUGAGGAUGUUACGCACGAGUGCUUGCAAGAACUAGAACUGCUCACGCGAAAACGAGAAACUAAAUACUUUCAAAAGGCUUUUCAAAAGAGCGAGCACAAUGAUAUUCGUCGUCCUAGUUGCUCAACCGGAGAACUACACUGCUGUCACUAUCGCAGAUCGAAGGCGUAGAAGCUCGGUUUUUUCCUAUGCAAACCAUUGUCCAAGACCAAGUUUCAGUC